AAGAUUGUUUUUAUGAAUUCAUGAAGACUGGUUUCUUCAUGACCGUUUACCUUCAUGAAUACCAACAGGUUUUUAGUAUCUCGCUCGAUUCGUUCGGUUUAACAACAAAAUGUCUUUAUUAUUAACAUAUUUAUUUUUAAUAUAUACAACAUUUACAAUUGUUUUAGGAUUAGGUCAACAACAUAACCUUCCAGUUAACUCUAGCUGUUUAUUAUCUAACGGCGAUAUCGGGGUAUGCAAAAGAGUCGAUUUAUGUGCGUCAGCAAAACGAGUGAUAUUAAAUCAUAAACGACCGAUUGUGUGUAGUUUCGAAGAAAUCUCCCCUUUUAUACCGAUCGUUUGUUGUGUACCAGAAAACGAUUUACCUUUCCAUUCUGCUCUUGCUUCAUUUACAUUUAAUACUACAACUACAACUCCAAGUUUAAGUGAAUCAAAUACAAGUUCAGAAAAUAAUACUCAAACAAGAAGCCAAACUAGUGAUGCAACCAUUCGUAUUGGUGGGGAAAAAAGUGUUGAAAAAUGCAAAGAAUAUAACGAUUUUGACUACAAAUAUCCCACUAAUUUACCAGUAACAUCAACGACACAAGCACCGUAUCAAGAAGUUCUUAUUAACCCACAUAAAUUUAUAACCGGGGGAAUUGACGCAUUACCUUUAGAAUUUCCUCAUGUUGCUUUGUUGGGUUAUGGUGACCCAAAUGAUAUUCAUUGGCUCUCCGGGGGUGGCUUAAUAAGCGAAAACUUUAUUUUAACAGCAGCACAUUGUUUAUCAGCCGAUUUAUAUGGCCCAGUUAAAUACGUUCGUUUAGGUGAUUUAGAUAUCCGCUCAAACGACGAUGACGCAUUUCCUGUAGAAUACGAAGUUGCAGAAACGUAUGAAUAUCCUGAAUAUCGCCCGGAUAGUAAAUACCACGAUAUAGGGCUGAUUCGAUUAAAAAAGAACGUUGAAUUUAGUACUUAUAUAAAACCGGCUUGUAUUUAUGUUCCAAAAGAAUUGCCGAAGAAUGAAUCCUUUGUUGCGGCGGGAUGGGGGAGGGUUUAUUUCGGUGGAACUCAUCCCAAUAAUUUACAAAAAGUUGAAUUAAACAUUACGGAUUUUCAAACAUGUUCUCAAACAUACACUAAGGGAAUUGAUGGAUUGGAAGACGGGGUAAAUGUGGAUACACAAAUUUGUGCUGAAGGAGCUGAUGAAGGCGGAGAUACUUGUCAAGGUGAUUCGGGGACACCUUUACAAUUUUUUGAUCCAGAGUUGUAUCAAAUCGUGGGGAUUACUUCGUUUGGGAUAAAUUGUGGUGUUGCACCAGCAAUUUAUACAAGAGUAUCAUAUUAUAUUAAUUGGAUUGAAGGAAUUGUAUGGCCUUAAAUGUUAUUGUAACAAUAUUGAUAUUUUUUCAAUAAAGAAAAUCUUAAUUAUUUACAAAACCAA